UGCUCUGUAGAAUGCGAUGGAAGCGGGGCAUAUUUCAGGCAGCCAUCCUUUGAUACCUUACAACAUUUGGAGGACUGCGAAGAAAGCUAUACAAUUAUGCUAAUAUGUGACUGUAGAUAAGAGACAGACAAUCAUUUCCAUGCUCUUUCAACUAAUACAAAGUCGAUAUAUUCCGUCAAAACUCACCAAGAAAGAUCAUUAUGAAAACCAGACCACAAUUGCGUGUCAUUUUCUUCGACGUCUUUGGAACGUGUGUGGCCCAGAGGACUCCAGUAGCGGACGAGCUAUGGAAAGCGGCUAAAGAGGCGCUGGAGUCGGAUUUGUCGUCGGUUAGUAGUGAAGUCCGGACCAAGGCGAUGAAUAUGUCAUACGAGCAGUGGUUUGAGUUCGGAGGGGAAUGGAACAAAGACGUGGACAUAUUCGUUAGCGAUAGUAAAGCAAAAUACAACAGCGUGGAUUGGAGAGCAGUCGACAAGUAUCGUUUUGAAGCACUCCACAAACUCCUCGCACAGCUCGGCUUAAUCAUUCCUCGCGAAGACGACGCUAGCACCUCAGAGCUCCGCGUCAAAGAGGGUUCGCUCUGGGAUGAGUCGCAACUCAGACAACUCGGCCUUGUCUGGCACCGUCUACCCCCUUGGCCCGACACCUGCCAUGGCCUAGAAUUGCUUAAUAGGCAAUUCUCUACCGUGACCCUUAGUAACACUUAUGACGACUUAAUGAAAUACCUGGUAGCGCAUAGCAGCAUACCCUUUAAGCAUGUUUACACUUCCGACAUGUUCCAAUCGUUCAAGCCGAACCCCAAGGUAUAUCUCGGUGCGGCAGAGAAGAUGGGCGUAAAGCCCGAGGAGUGUGCGCUCGUGGCCGCGCAUCUAAGUGAUUUGAAAGGUGCAAAAGCAUGCGGAUUCUAUGCAAUAUAUGUUGAGAGACCGUUGGAGGAGAAAAACCCAGAGUUGCGAGAGGAAAAUAUUCCGGAUAUGCAGAUUAAAGAGGAUGAGGAUGGGUUUGUUGCUCUUGCUGAGCGUUUGGGAAUACAAGUUGAUUAAAUAGCCGUCAAAAUCGACAAGAAAUAACAUAAUUCCGAAAAAAGCUG